GGCAUUUAUCGAAAUACAUGAUAUGCUUUUUCCAACAUGGAAUGUUUGUUCCAAAUAUAAACUCAAGGUCAUCUGAAGAUGCCCAGGUGUUAGUCUCUCAGCGUGAAAUGGACCUGUCAAUCAUUUCUGUUCAAUUUAGCUGGAUCAAAUUAUGGUAAUGAAAAAUGCUUCACACGCCUUUAACAAUGCUCUUCACAACGGAUUUGAACUGUUGUACCCAUUCGCAGGUUAUGUAAGAACCACAUACCGGCCAGAAGUCAUGAGAAAUAGUUGAAGCAGUUGAGUGCACUGGAAAGAGUAUCGUGAAGGUAGAUUUUGAGGACUGAGCCCAUCAAUUUUGAGCUAAAAUGGCGGCUUCAGUAACCUCACCCCUGGCUAGCUCCAUAGAGAAGACAAAUGGAGCCAAGCUCAGCAGACUUCUUAUCGAUGGUGGAACCACAGUUUUAAAAAGCAUUUUUGACAGGCAUCAUUCUCCAGCAAACCUGGCGGCGAAUCUCAAAGCGAAAGCCAAUCAUUCGAAACUAUGUAAUCUUCUGAAGAAACGAAUUUUACGUAAGGCUCAAUGGGACAAACUGUUUCCACCCAGUGGGAGCUCACCGGAUUCAAACAAUUUUGACAUUACUCUUCUUUUUCUUCUUCUGACGGAAAUUUGUGGGCUUUCCCCUCCCCCGUCAGGUUGGCACAAAAAACCACCCUUAAGUGACACUUCUCUAGAGGCUAACCUUGCUCGUGUAAAGUUCUUUCGAAAUGAGUUGUAUGGCCAUGUAUCCACCACUGAAGUCGACUCAGCAACGUUCUCCCAGCUUUGGCAAGAAAUAAGUAGCGUUCUUGUGACUCUUGGAUUGAAUCAAGCAGACGUAGAUAGACUAGAGGCUGAGCACAGUGGAGAGAAAGAUUAUCUUCAAAUGUUGUUUGAGUGGGCUGAUAGUGAGCAGGAUCUUAAAGCACAUCUAAAAGAAAUAAGUCAAAGUAUAGAUAUUGUACAUCAAAACCAAACUCAGAAUGCUAAGAUACUGCAAGAAAUGAAGUCGGAGCUGCAUGGAGUAUGUCACACUCAAACCAAAAUACAAGAAGACGUAUUAGAAGUUAAAAAGAGUUUUGAGGAUUUAAACCAAAGAGGACAGGCUAACAGAAGAGAAGAAAUUCUGAACGUCCUAGCAAAGUCCGAGUUCGAAGGAGACAUCGAGUUUUACGUGUCAAGAUUCCAGGAAGGAACUCGCGAGUGGAUCUUUCGAAAAAUCGAGGGUUGGCUUGAUGACAGCAAUUCCCCAAACCGUGUGAUGGUAAUCAGCGGAAAUGCAGGUAUGGGAAAGUCUGUUAUCUCAGCGGUCAUUUGCAAGAGGAUGCAAGAAGCCGGUAGACUGUCAGGGAGCCACUUCUGUCAACACAACAACGUGCGCUAUCGAAAUCCUCAGUUGUUGCUUCAAUCCUUGGCCAGUCACCUGUGUCGUGCACUACCAGAAUACAAAGAGGCUCUACUGGAACAACUGUCAAGAAAUUUGGGCGUAGAAAUCAACAGCAUGGGAGUGGAGGAACUUUUUGCAUUACUUUUCAAGGAGCCGCUCAGAAAAAUCACUGAUCCUGGUAGAAACCUUCUCUUGGUGUUGGACGCUUUGGAUGAGAGUGAGUACAAGGGGCGCAAUGAAUUGUUGGAUGUGAUAGCUGACCAUUUCAUCAAGCUUCCACAAUGGAUUCGCUUUCUUGUGACCACGAGACCGGAAGUAAACAUUUCCAAUAAACUCGGCGGCUUACAGCCUCUGUAUCUGGAAACGAAUGAUGGUGAAAACAAAAGGGACAUUCGACUGUUCUUGGAGAAGCAGCUGGACCGCGUUAUUCCAAUCAAUGAUCAAGAAACUAUUCUAAAUGCUCUGGUUGAGAAGUCUGACGGUGUCAUUUUGUAUGCUUACUUUUUGGUAGACUUUAUUCAGAAAAACGUUUCUCUACUAACUCUCAACCAACUGGACAGUGCCUUGCCAUUAGGUAUCUCUUCUGUUUACCAGUCUUAUUUUAAACGCUUGGAGAGAGAGUUUUCUAACGAAUUGGAAAUCGACGAAGACAAAUUUUUAAGUUUUCUAUCUGUUGUCAUGACUGCAAAAGAACCUUUGCCACUUGGAUUUAUCUCUAAGGUGUUUCAAUUUCGCGCAAUUUCCUCACACCGGAAGAUAAUUAAGGUUAUUUCCUGUAUCUCUACCCUUCUACCAGUUAUUGACGAACGCGUUCACACGUUUCACAAGUCUGUCAAAGACUGGCUUACAGACAGAAGCACUCACGGACGGCAUGGGUUUACUGUGGAUAGAGAUGAAGGCAGUCAGAUCCUUUCAAAGCUUUGUGAAACUGAGCUCAAUAACUUGAAACGCAAAGGGAUUUAUGGUGGAGAGUUCAGUGACACCGAGAAAUAUGCCUUACAGUAUGGUGUGCAGCACCUAUUGGAUGCGUUGAGAGACCAUGAAAUUCCCGAAAAACUUGAAGAACUUGUCGAAAAUUAUGUGACAGAUCUAGAACUUUUGUAUGCAAAGCUUUUUAUCGGAAGUGAUUCAGGAUUUCAAGAUAUCUUGAGUAUAAAAGAACUAGAAUCCUUUGACGUUCUGCCUUCUCCUUUUCAAUUUGCUGUGACCUCUGCCAUUUCUGUCAUGAGAAAAUACAAAUCUAGGCUUUGUCAACAUCCGCAGCAAUUAUUUCAAACAAUACUUAACGAAGGAGGAACGCAACUAUCCUCAAUGGCCAACCGUGUGUUAAAGGAAAAGUAUCCAAGGAUACCUUACAUCGAAAUCGUGAACAAAGAGGGUAGUUACGGAAAAGUGGGAAUUAAAGCGCGAUUUGAAUGUGGUAGUGUGGUAGCUUGUUUUGACAUUUCUCCAGAAAUGGAUUACAUGGUUUGUGAGUGCGUCGACAGGAGUGUUCAACUAUGGUCACUUCAAAGUGGCGAUCGACUCUGGUUGCGUUAUGCAUUCACAGAAAAGUCAUUCGGCAUUCCGAUAUAUGCCAUGGACUGUGCCGUUCGAAAUGUGACCGACUCAGUUGUCAAUGACUUUGGCUUGGCAUUGGUGUCAUCAAUGUCAUUUUACCGAUCUGUUGUAUUUCACGCGGACGGUGAUUAUGUCAUACCUGGAAGUUUAAGAGACGUUUUUACCAUAAAUGGAGAUUUACAACCUCUCUUUCCCGAAAGUGAUUGCAUGUUCAACGUAUGUGCAUUUUGCGGAGAUAGGUCUAAAAUGUUAACAGAUUGCCCUGAAAAUCCAAGGGAUGUUGUUUUAUGGAGUAUGUCAGACGGGGUGGAGAUUACUCGUUUUGAAUGCACGAAGAACAUGACGUCUUUUGCAUUUUCUUUUGAUGGAACAUUGGUGGCAAUCUCAGAUAAAUCAGACAAUGUUAGCUUGUACAAGCUGAGUAACAUAAGCAUUCAGUUUAUUUGUGACAUUGCAUGUCCCCGCGUGUGUUCGUUGAUGCAUUUUUCCCCUGAUAAUCGGGAGAUUUUAUUUGGAUUUGCAGGUGAUAAUGCCAGCCUCGAACUUGAUUGCUACAGUUGUAAAGUCCCUUCCUUUAGCGAAGAUUCCAUUGAGUGUCCAGUAACUGCGAUCUGCUUUCAAGACGUUGAAGACAUUUUCUGGUGGCCAUGGGAGUGUAGAUCCCUCGAUGAAAGUAAAUUCCUGUUCUCAGAAUCUAGACACCAAUGUUACACAAUGAUAUCAGAGGUAAUUCCGUCGUUCAAGAAAGGUUUCCUCUCAGCGGUUAGCAACCAAUCUGUAGUAGUUUGUAGCCCUUUUAAUAAAGAAAUGUUUAUGAUUCAUCAUGAUCAAUUUGAAGAUUGCCCUGGCUAUGAUUGCUGUGAAAGAGAAAUAGGUCGUUACCAAUUAAGAGGAAAACUUUCUGUGGAUGGAAGAUAUCUCUAUGCUUACAGGGAAAGAAGACUAAACGACCGUUUUUUUUCAACGGUGCAUGUCUGCAACAAGGAGAAGAAAACUGUUCGUCAGUUUCAAUCACCGUUAUACCUCUUGCCCGUUAGGGAAGGAGUGCUUCUAAUGAAGAACACGCCCAACAACUUACUUGAGUUGUGGGAUUUUGAAUUAUCACGAUGUAUUCGAUCGUUCACGGAAAUUGAUACGUUGGUUAGUUUGUUUCCUGUAACCGACGAACUAGUAGGAUGUCAAAGACCUUGCGAGAAUAACAGCUCCAAAGUGGACGUUUUAAGCAUCACAAUAGGUGGAAUUGUUGCGACAACGACAAUGGAGGGAAACAUUACUUCACUUUCUUGUAAUCUUAAGUUUCAAUUCGUAGCCUGUACCAAAGAAGAACCUCGGUCUGUAAGAGAGACUAUUAUUACGAUAGCAGUUUGGAAUAAGAAAGAGCGUUUGUGGAAGAGGAAUAUCCUUACCCCUCGCGUAUUCCGUCAUCCUUGUGCGAUUAUCUCAAAUGAUGGAGAUUUUGUUGUAACAUGGAAUUCACUUGACGAAGCUGACGGUUUGCACAUUUUGAAUGCAACUACGGGAAUUACCAUGCACAAACUACUGUCAAACCCACACUUUCGCCCUACUAUCGAGGAAUGUAAACUUCUUAGUGAUGGAGAACAUUUUUUGUGCAGUUGCCCCGACCAAGUUGUUCGAUUGUUUCAUGGAAACUCUGGUAACCUGAUAGGACUGAUAGACUUGGAACGAAACCCAGAUGAUCUUGCGGUAUGUCUUAACAAGCCUCUAUUUGCUGCUGUAUUCGAUACGAAUUCCUACGGCAGAAUCUUCCAAGUACAUCUUCCAAAGGUGGAAAACAGUGAAAGUAAAGUGAAAAGGAUGAAACUUCAGCAAUGAAAGAUUAACAACAUGAACGGUGAAAAAUCCGGUCGGCAGAUCUUGUUGGCUGAAAAACGGACGAUUUCUCGAGGAAAUUACCCCUUUUAGAUCCAUAAAGUAAAUUUUACCUUCAGUUUUUAUUUAUCUUUUUACUCUAAAAACACCACAAGCUACGGCACUAUGAUAUUCAUUUUAGUAAACUUUAUAGUAUGAUGUACAUACCUUACAGUUACUUUUAAAUUUUCUCGGGACUUUUUUUCGUAUUGUAGAACUUUAGGCGAAAUUCUCUUCUGGAAGGAAAGCAGAAUUACUUAGAAAUCAUAGUCUUUAUUGUUAAAUUGUGGUAUUACCAUUGUUUUUUAUCAUUGUAAAUAGAAAUAUUGUCGGAGACACGGUGGCCAAGUGGUAAGCGUUUUGAAGUUUGGCUCUCUCGGCGUGGUUCGAAGACCUGGCUGGGUCAUUGGUAAUUGCCCCGGGCAAAAGUCUUUGAAACUGAUUGCUUCUCUUGUCGCUUAGCGACAGUAAUAAGAUUUUUUUUGUAUCUGGCUGUCUUUGAGAGUAUUCUGAGUUUCGAAUGUUAAUUAGCAGGGCUAGUUUCAUCGCUUUAGCGUUGUUGAACAACAGUAGCAUUUCAUGCAGCUGAUUCGCAGGUUGGACAGAUCAUGAAGGCUAACUUAACAAUGAAAUGGCUUCCUGCGAAACUACCUGAGUUUUUUACAUUCUUGAUAACCUUUAAAAAAUUUGGCCCUUUCGUAAUUUAAACAAGUAAUCAAAGGUUGCAGAAACAGCCCUGAUUUCAGUGUUUUCCAUAGUGAUUUCUCCGGCUGAUCUAACUGACUAAUCAUGGUUCGUAGUUUACUGUAACGGUGCAAUUCCUUUCAGUGCUACGCUCAGUAGCCAAAGCAUCCCACGGAAUAGCCUUUAGGUGUCUUGUUUCACUCUGCCCUGUGCAAUUACCUGUGCGAAGGAUGGAGAAGUCAGGCAGUAAAAGUUCCAAAACGAGUGAUCGUGUUUGGGUGUAUAACUCAUUAGUGGAGUACUGAUAGUCAGUUAUUGUUCUUAUGGUAUCGUAUAAUCUCAAGUAAAACUACCAAGAACGAGUCAUUUCUAACUUUAGCUUGUACUGUAGACGUGGCAGGAAAUCUUAUUUAUACGUCUAUACCGAACUUUCUUGAAGUUUCUAGAACCUUGGAAUAAGAUUAUUUUAAUCUUAAAAACCGUGAAAUUCACAAGUAAUGUUGUUUUAUGUCAUCUAAAACUGUUGGUAAUCUCUUUUUGAUUAAGUGUUUAACGAUUUCAGAACCGCAUUACGGGAAAAUUUAGUGAUUUUUUCCAGUGGAUAUUUAAGCAUAUUUAUUCGUUAUUUUGGUAUUCUAGCCGUUCUCAAUUCGUGCGAGUUUCUUUCAUGCAAUGUUAUAAAAAAGAUAAAAAGCCACAAGUAAAUUUUAAAUGGCCAAGUUAAGUUGUACAGCUGCAUCUUGGUACUUUUCUUGUUAAAUUCUAGUUAAUUUUUUGGUAAAUAAAAGUGUUAAUGAUC